UGUUUUUCUUUUUUCUUAAAAGUUUUUGUCAUUUGCAUUUUCAAUUAAAUAAAAAUACCCAAAAACCAUUUUUAUGAACAAGACCUUUUAUUCAUUCAUUCAUUUACUUAUUUUUUUUUUGUUUUUCUCUGUCAACACAAUAAGAGCAUUUACCGUUGCCAUUUUGAAUCUGUUACUCAAACCGUUUCUUGUUUCUCUUACCAAGGCUUUCUUGAUUGCAUGCAAUGAUUCGAUUCUGAAUUAUUGGAUACCCAAGUUGUGAUUUAGUUAUGUAUGAAUCAUUUGAUGAUUCUCUUGUGAAUUUGCUGUGUUCGAUGUGUGUUUUUUCUAAUCUAGUUUCUGUAAAUUCUUCCACGUCUUUAACUGUUGAGAUUUCUGGGUUACCUAUGAAAUGAUAUUUUCUUUUUGCCAUCAUUUAAAAUGGUCCCUUUCCCAUGAAUUUUUGGUUAUAAAGAUGGGGUGUAGUAUUUUAAGAAGUAGUAAUGAUGCCUGUUGCAUAGUAGUUAUACAGGGUGUACUGUUUGGUAGUUACAUGACUACUAGGUAACUAACUGCCUCUUUUCUUGUGGGGUCUUAUUCUCUGUACUAAUUAAUUUGUUUUUUCAAUCUGUGAUUUGCAUGUUUUGUAAAUUUAUUAUCCUUUUAAUAAAUAAAAAAGGUUGUUUAUUUCUCUUUAUGUCUUAGUUUUGACCACUUUUCUUAGCCAUAAAGCUGUGACCUCUUUUCAAUGAUUACUGGGUUUUAAUAUUGUAGCUCGUGUUCAAGCUUAAUGUUUCCUCUUGAAUAUGAGAUUUGGUUUGGUCUAAUCUUUUAAAUUUUCACGCCUUGGUUUUUGCAUCCUAUCAAUUCUCUGAUAGCGAAGCCGUGGCAGAUUUUUUAGAUUGUAACGCAAUUACAAGGACUUCAUUUCUGGCUUUUUUGUCACAGGGGUUUGAAGUUUCCUAGACAAGUAUCUUCUAUACUUUGUCAAAUUUAUCCUUGUACAAUCUGGCUUCUGGGAAAAAAAAAAUGAAGAAGAAAAAACGUGGAAAGUUUUAAGAGUUAUGGAACACGGUUAAAAGAUUGGAUCUUUUUUUAAGGGUCUUGUUGAUCAAUUUUUCUUUAUUUUCAGUCAGAUAACAUAAGAGAUAGUUCUGAAAUCGGAUAUGCUGGUAUAAGUUUCUUAUUGUUUCUGCUGUAAGUUUCUCUUGGUGAAUCCUAUGCGUGUGUAGAAUAUUGGAUUUUCGGAUGAGAGCUUACAUGAAACGGGUUGCAAUCUUAUUUAAUAAUGUGAGCAAGUUGCAUCUCAUAAGCACUGGCGAUCAUGGAGCUGAAUGGUCAAACAAGAGUGAGAAGAAAGGACAAUUUUGCUCAUACAAACGGUGAUUUAGCAUUAGCAAGUGUUGGUGAUGUAGAUCCCUGGACUGCAUGGGCAUAUAAGCCUCGAACUAUUUCGUUAUUACUUAUUGGUGCUUGCUUUCUAAUAUGGGCAAGUGGAGCCCUAGAUCCAGAGAGCUGCACAUCUGGUGAUGUUGUUACAUCUGUGAAAAGGGGUAUAUGGGCAAUGACUGCAGUUUUUCUUGGUUAUUGUUUGCUACAGGCCCCUUCAACGGUUCUAAUAAGGCCACAUCCAGCAAUUUGGCGCUUAGUUCAUGGAUUGGCCAUUGUUUAUCUUGUUGCCCUCACGUUUCUGCUUUUUCAGAAGCGUGAUGAUGCGCGGCAAUUUAUGAAGUUUCUCCAUCCUGACCUUGGAAUUGAACUACCUGAAAGAUCAUAUGGUGCUGAUUGUCGCAUUUAUGUGCCUGAAAAUCCUACAAGCAAGUUUAAGAACGUUUUGGACACUCUUUUUGAUGAAUUUGUUCUAGCACAUAUCUUUGGAUGGUGGGGCAAGGCUAUAUUAAUCCGUAAUCAGCCACUUCUAUGGGUAUUGUCAAUUGGUUUUGAGCUGAUGGAGUUUACCUUCCGCCACAUGCUACCAAACUUCAAUGAAUGCUGGUGGGACAGUAUCAUUCUUGAUAUUUUGAUAUGCAAUUGGUUUGGCAUUUGGGCUGGAAUGCAUACAGUCGGGUAUUUUGAUGGAAAAACAUACGAGUGGGUUGGUAUAAGUCGCCAACCUAAUAUUAUGAGCAAGGUCAAACGAACAUUGGAACAAUUUACACCUGCACAGUGGGACAAAGAUGAAUGGCAUCCCUUGCUUGGUCCAUGGCGAUUUAUCCAAGUUCUUAGUCUCUGUAUUGUCUUCCUGACUGUAGAGCUCAACACAUUCUUUUUGAAGUUUUGUCUAUGGGUUCCUCCUCGGAACCCUGUAAUAGUGUACAGGUUGAUCUUGUGGUGGCUAAUUGCCAUACCUACAACACGUGAAUACAAUUCAUAUCUCCAAGACCGAAAGCCUGUGAAAAAGGUUGGCGCUUUUUGUUGGCUUUCCCUUGCUAUUUGCAUCGUGGAACUUCUCAUUUGCAUCAAGUUUGGACAUGGUCUUUAUCCCAAACCAAUGCCUGCAUGGUUGGUCAUCUUCUGGACAUCUGUUGGAGUUAGCCUUGUAAUAUUCCUGAUUAUGUGGUCAUGGAAAAGUUUGGGAAGAAAGAGACGAUGAUUUUGCUAGCAUGUUCGCCACAAGCAGCCUGGCAGUUAUUCGAUCCGGUAUCUUGACGUUAUCUUAUCACCUGCUGUAAAUCCUAUGGCUCAAACUGGCAGUUAUUCGAUCCGGUAUCUUGACGUUAUCUUAUUCAAGGCAGUUUUUAAAGAGUUCAAGGAUUUCUUUCCUGUUGAUCGACCUUUGUAAAGCCUAUGAAGCAAUUGUGCAAAUAAUUGGUGCUCGACAGAAGCCAAUCUCUGAGUUUGCUCACGACAAUUCUAGGAGUCGGACUCCGCAAGGUUUAGCCGAUUUUCGGGAAAACAUUUGUGGACUUGAGUCAAUUGAUUCAAUCAAGGUGAAAUUGGAAAUCAUUUAGAAAAGCAAUUUCUGUUCUUUGACAACACUACGUUCUUCUUUCUCGAUCCGUGCCCAUGUCACUGUGUGUAUAUAUAGAAAUAGAAAAAGUCUCUCUCUUAAUCA